AUGGUGGAUCCUGUCGUAGAACUUCUCGCACAUCAGAGACGUGUGGGGAUUGUGGUAUGGCACCCUUCAGCCCAUAACAUUCUUCUCAGUGCUGGUUCCGACAACAAGAUCUUCCUGUGGAACUGUGGCACCGGUGAACCAUUGGUUGAGAUUGAACUUCCAGAUUUGAUUCUGUCAGCCAGUUUCAACAUGAACGGGAGUCGAGUAGCUGUGACUACAAAGGACAAAAUGCUUCGGGUCCUUGACCCCCGGACAGGAGAGGAGAUUGUCAGUGGCCGAGGACAUCAAGGUGCCAAACCAGCUCAGUGUGUUUACCUCAAAGAUGGAAAGAUAUUCACAACAGGGUUCUCUCGCAUGAGUGAAAGACAGCUCUUUUGUGUUUUUUCUUUUUAUUCACAUGCCACUGCUCCCCUAUCCUAUUUCCCCAUGAAUCUUCCCCCCUUUACUCCUCGUCUCCCCAUGCAACUGCUCACCUUUCGUCGUCUCCCCAUGCAACUGCUCGCCUUUCGUUGUCUCCCCAUGCAACUGCCCGCCUUUCGUCAUCUCUCCACGCAACUUCUCGCCUUUCGUCAUCUCUCUACACCUCUGCACCCCCUUUUCCCACCUACCCUCAAGUCUUUCUCACCUCUCCUCCUCCUUUCCGUCUCUCCUCUUUUCUCUAUAUAUCACUUCAUCCUCUAUUUCUUCUCUUACCAUUUCUACCUUUCUCUACUCAUUAUUCUCCUCUUCCUCACUUGUUCAUUCUCCUCUUCCUCACUAGUCCUUUCUCCUCUUCCCACUAGUCCUUUCUCCUCUUCCUCACUAGUCCUUUCUCCUCUUCCUCACCCUUUCUCCUCUUCCUCACUUCCUUUCUCCUCUUCCUCCUCAAGUCCUUUCCCUCUUCCCUCACUAUCCUUUCUCCUCUUCCUCCACUUUUUCUCCUCUAUAGUCCUUUCUCCUCAUCUCCACUAUUUUCUCCUUUUCCUCACAAGUCUUUUCCAUUUCCUCACUAGUCCUUUCUCCUUUUCCUCAUUAUUCUCCUCACUAGUCCUUUCCCUCUUCCUCACUAUCCUUCUCCUCUUCCUCACUAGUCCUUUCUCCUCUUCCUCACUAGUCCUUUCUCUCUUCCUCACUUCUCCCUCUUCCUCCCUCUUUCUCCUCUUCCUCACUAGUCCUUUCUCCUCUUCCUCACUAUCCUUUCUCCUUUUCCUCCUUUUUGUCCAUUCACUUUUCUCUUCCUCUCCUUUCUUCCUUUUCCUUUCCUCACUAGUUCAUUCUCCUCUUCCUUUUUUUUUCUUCCUCACUUUUGAAUUCCUUCUUUUCAUUGAUUUUUUUUUGUUCCAAUUAGAUUUUUCCAUUCUUCUUUUUUGGUAUUCUUAUUUCUUCUUUUCAUUUUUUUUUCUGCCCUCCUGCCACUACAUCCCUCCUCUUCUUGUCCCUCCUCUAUGUUCCUUCCUCUCUUCUUGUCCCUCCACUAUGUUCCCCUUUUCCUCCUUGUCUUAUCACUCCAUUCUCUCCUCAUCCCUACACUACUUCCCCCUCCACAUUGUCGCUAUGUCCCUCCCUCUCCUCAUCCUGCCAUUAUUACUUUUAUUUCUUAUUUUUCCUUUUGUCUCUUUGCCAUUUCCAAUUGAGUUUUACUCAUUCCAUUUCCAGAAAGAUCUCAGCACCCCAAUGGUCAUGACCGAAAUUGAUAACAGCAAUGGUGUCAUUUUCCCUUUCUAUGAUCCUGAUACCAACAUGAUCUACUUAUGCGGAAAGGGUGACUGUACGAUCACUUACUAUGAAAUUACGGACGAAGAACCUUAUGUAUUCUUCUUGAAUGGCUACAAGUCGACUGAGCCGCAGAGAGGAAUUGGCAUACUACCAAAACGAGGAGUGAAUGUCAAUCAGUGUGAAAUUGCUCGAUUUUACAAGCUACAAAAUAAUGGUCUGUGUGAGGUCAUCCCCUUUACUGUUCCAAGAAAGUCCGAACUCUACCAAGACGAUCUUUAUCCUGAUACUGCUGAUGAGGCCCCUGCUAUUUCUGCAGAGGAUUGGUUUAAUGGCAAAGAUGCAGACCCUGUUUUGGUGUCACUAAAGGAAGGUUUUGUAUCAACCCAGAAAGAAUCGGUUAAAACUGUUCGGAGGUCCAACAUCCUUGACAAAAUGCCGAUGAAGGCACCGAAUGAUAACUCCCAACCAGCUGCAGCUCAUCCACCAGCCCCAACACGUGCCUCCCCUGCUGUGGCCCCAACGCCUGCUCCAGCGCCUGUGGUCCACACUCCAGCGCCUACUCCGCCGGCUCCUGUCGCUCCAGCCCCAGCUCCUACUCCAGUAGCAGCCCCAACACCAGCACCAGCAGUAAAAAGUGUCCCUGCAUCAAGACAAUCGGCAAACCUUUCUAAUGUGGCUUCUAAUGACAUACCAGCAAGCCAACCAGUUCUGCCCCCCAGUUUUGAUGUAAAGAAACUGGAAGAUGAAUUGAAGCAACUGACAGAACAGCUGAAACAGCAAGACAGUCGUAUUGAGAGGUUGGAACAGAAAUUAGCAGCUUUUGAGUCUGGUGAUGACGACGAAGAAGAAGAAGACAACCUUGGCCACCAUUAA